AUGGCUGUAAGGAAUUUUUUGCUCACCCUGGGUGCUGUAUCAGCUGCCAUUGCGGAUUACAGCAAUCAGCCAAAGUUGAAGACUUGUCUUCAGUAUGCAUUGACUGACAGCGGUCGUGUUGCAUUUGCUGGAGAUCCUUUCUACCAAGUUGCCGAUGUGAAACGCUAUAAUCUAAAUAUUCCAGUGACUCCGGCUGCCGUCACAUUCCCUAUCUCAUCGCAUCAAGUUGCAGCGAUUGUCAAAUGCGCAGCGGAUAAUGGAUACCAUGUUCAAGCCAAGAGUGGCGGUCAUAGCUACGCAAAUUACGGUCUCGGCGGAACGGACGGUGCCGUUAUAGUCGACCUCAAGAACCUACAACAAUUCUCCAUGGACAACACAAGUUGGCAUGCGACAAUAGGGAGUGGCACACUACUCGGAGAUGUGACACAGCGUCUGCACGAUGCUGGAGGACGGGCGAUGUCCCACGGGACCUGUCCGCAGGUUGGCUCUGGUGGACAUUUCACGAUCGGAGGUCUGGGGCCAACAUCUCGACAGUUCGGAGCCGCUCUUGACCACAUCGUGGAAACAGAGGUGGUCCUCGCUAACUCGAGUAUUGUGCGCGCAUCGGAGAGCGAGAACCAAGACGUCUUCUGGGCAAUCAAGGGCGCGGCUUCUGGCUUUGGUAUUGUUACCGAAUUUACUGUUCGCACUGAGCCUGAGCCCGGCACUGCUGUCAAGUACGAAUACACUCUCAAGAUAGGGAGUUCACAAGAGCGAGCUAGUCUGUUCAAACAUUGGCAGGCAUACAUCUCCAACCCGCAGCUUACACGUAAGCUGGCAUCUACACUUACUUUGUUGGAGGAUACCCUCAUCAUCACGGGAACAUUUUUUGGCACGGAGGAAGAGUAUAAGGCCCUUGAUAUCGGAAGUCAAUUUCCAGGCGUCAAUGGAACUGCAGUUGUCUUCCAGGAUUGGCUCGGGCUGGUAGGCGACUGGGCUGAAGAAGCCGCAUUAAAGCUGGGUGGAGGAAUCGCUUCCAAUUUCUAUUCUAAGUCUACAGGCUGGACAUCAAAAAACCUCAUGAGCAAUGAGACUAUCGACAGCCUCUUUGAGUAUAUCGAUACUGCAGACAAGGGCACACUGAUCUGGUUUCUGCUCUUUGACUUCCAGGGUGGGUAUACGAAUGAUAUCCCGACUGACGCAACUGCAUAUGCCCAUCGUGAUGUCUUGCUCUGGCUGCAGUCUUACUCGAUAAAUCUUCUGGGCUCGGUGUCUCAGACUCAAAUUACUUUCUUGGAUCGGGUGAAUAAGAUGAUUACUCCGAAUGAUCAUCCCUAUGCUGCGUACCCGGGCUAUGUUGACCCUCUCAUGGCCAAUGGGGCCGAGGCAUACUGGGGCUCCAAUUUGGCUCGUCUGGAAGAGAUCAAGGGAGAGAUUGACCCGGAUGAUGUGUUUCGGAACCCCCAGAGCCCGAUGCCUACUUUGCGGCACUAA